UUCCAAGGUCCCAAACAGCUGGAUGUCUCAUCACUGAGGUCAGCAGGUCUCUGGCAGAACAUAAGAUGGAGUCAAGAAGAUCAGCAUGGGAUUACUCCACUUGGUUCCGGGGAUUAAGAAAAAUGUACUUUAACAUCUGAUGCAUCUCUUUUCUCAUUUUUUUCUCACCUAAACUGCGUAAUAGAUAGUAUAACUCAUUCCAGAUGUGGGGCAAAGUACGAUGGGGCACAGAAAGAUCAUCUAAAAUACCAUCAUAUUAGUGUUUCUGGCUCAUCCAUGGUAGUUAAUGUGUAAUCUCGAGGUGCGCUCUUCUAGGCGUGGUAUAGGUGCUUGACGCCUUUGGCAAUAGAUAUAUUGUCAAGAUUAGAGUCUAAAAACGUACAGCAAGUUCUCCUAGCUCAGUUCAUUCUUGGAAGCUUCUCAGAAGGAUCAGAAAUGGGCAAAGGAACUGGGAUUUCCAAGGCCGUGGCUAUCGGCAUUGGGGUCCUCACCGUUUCUUCUCUUUGUUGUUUAGUGUUGAUGGCUGUGAUGUACAAAAUUCAAAUAGAUAAAUACCCUCCAGUGAAUCCACCGCUUCCAAGUAAACCUCCGGUACUUCCAACAGGACUUCCACCGUCUCUUAGACUUCCAGACAAUGUGAUUCCCGAGAGCUACAAAGUCUUCCUUCAACCGUACUUUUACCCAGCGAUAACUAACAACUACACAAACCAAUCCUUCGCUUUCACGGGAAACUCAACUGUAAGAAUAAAGUGUAUGACAGACUCCAAGACUGUCUUUCUUCACGUUCUUGAUCUAAACGUGACGACUGUGGAAGUGAGAAAAUCGGAUUCAAAUGUGAAAUUAUCACUGGGUGGAUAUAGAAUUCAUCGGAAUGAAAGUAAUUUCCUCGAGAUCCAGCUCAAAGAUGUAAUGUCUGGAAAUGAGACCUAUUAUGAUAUUUUCACCGAAUUCGAAGGGGAACUUCAAAAUGACUUGACUGGGUUUUAUAUGAGCCAAUACACAGAGAAGGUAAAAGGAGAUGAGGAUGAAGAUGUGGAUCAAGAGAGAUUCCUCGCCACCAGUCUGAUGAAACCCACAGACGCCAGGAAAGUGUUUCCGUGCUUUGACGAGCCAGCGCUGAAGGCUGAGUUUGAGAUUACUGUUAUCCACAGACCUGACACUACUGCCCUGUCCAAUCAAAAAGGAGCACCAGAUACAACAGAAAUAGAUGGAGAAGAAUGGGUUGUGACUACAUUUCCGAAGACCCCCAUCAUGUCAACUUAUCUAUUGGCUUUGACCGUAUCUGAUUUUACGUUUGUAUCGAAAUCUUCUGCUAUACGUAUAAAUAUAUAUGGUCGGAGUGAGGCUAUUAAUGCUGGCCAUGCUGACUACGCACUUGAAAUAACAGAGAAGAUUCUGAAUCACUAUCAGAAACUAUUUGAAUUGAAAUACUCACUGGAAAAAAUAGACCAGAUUGCUUUGCCAGACAUCAGUGUUGGAGCAAUGGAAAACUGGGGUUUAAUUUCCUAUCAGGAGUCGGGUCUGCUGAUUGAUAAAAAUAUGGCAUCGACUUUUGAUCAAGAACGGGUGGCCACCCUGAUCGCGCACGAAUUGGCACAUCAGUGGUUUGGAAACCUUGUUACCAUGCGCUGGUGGAAUGAUCUAUGGCUGAAUGAAGGAUUUGCGACAUACAUGUCUUACUUUGGGAUGGAAGCUGUUGGCUGGAACUUAAGAGAUCUAAUUGUUCUCCGAGAAAUCCAGACCGCCUUUCAAGUGGAUUCCUUAAACUCUUCCCAUCCUCUCAGCAUGCAGGAAAAUUAUAUUCAAACUUCCUCUGAGAUCGUAGCACUUUUUGACGACGUCGCCCACAAAAAGGGUGCUGCUGUGUUGAGAAUGCUGGCCACAUUCAUUGGCGAUGAGGAAGCGUUUAUGAAAGGAAUCAAGACAUAUCUUUCCAAGUUCCAGUUCCAGAAUGUUGUGUACAAAGAUCUUUGGGAAUGCUUGAAACAGGAGACAUCAAAAGAUGUGGAAGCCUUCAUGAGCACAUGGAUUAAGGAAGUGGGGUAUCCAGUAGUCACCAUUAUUACCCAGACAGGGGAGCUGACUCAAGAACAGUUUUUACUAAAGCAAUCAUGGGGCCAUGGUAUUGCAUGGCAAGUUGACAUCAGAUACUUUGUAUCUAGUGAUUUUGUGGUAAAACAAGAUCUACUGAAAGUAAAUGGUCCAGUUCGAAGGCCGCAUUUUCAAAUUGAAAAGAAAGAUGAGUGGCUUCUCGCAAACGUCGACUGCGCUGGCUUUUUCCGCGUCAACUACGAUGAAGAAAACUGGAAUAAACUUCAUAUGCAACUUGAGAGAAACCAUGAAGUCAUUCCACUCAUCAACCGAGGGCAACUAAUUGAUGACGCUUUUAAUCUUGCAAGGGCUAGUCGCCUCAACGUUACUAUUGCACUAAGUCUAACCAAGUACCUGAUAAAUGAGACUGAGUAUAUUCCAUGGGAGUCAGCACUAAAAAACCUGGACCAUCUCAUCCUCAUGUUCGAUCGCUCUGAAGUCUACGGUCCAAUAACGAAAUACCUACGCAAGCAAAUCACACCACUGUAUAAGCACUUUGAGGAGUACACGAAAAAUGGAACCAUUCCUGAAAAACACACUGACCAGUAUAACCAAGUGAAUGCGAUUUCAGUAGCCUGCAGCCAUGGCCUUUCUAGUUGCAUAACAAUGGCUAGCGGUCUAUUCAGAGAUUACAGGAACGGCACAAAUAAAAUUCAUCCGAAUUUGAGGAAAGAGAUCUACUGCAGUGCAAUAGCUGCCGGUGAUGAAGAUGAUUGGGAAUUUGCUUGGAAUGAAUACCAAAGAGCCACAGCACCUGCUGAGAAAGACAAACUAAGAUACGCAUUAUCAUGUACCAAAGAAAUCUGGCUGCUAAACAGAUAUCUUCAGUACACUCUUGACCCUUCAAAGAUUAGAAAGACGGAUAUGGUUUCUACCAUAAACUACAUUGCCAAAAACGUCGCUGGCCAACCUCUCGCCUGGGAUCUUGUACGUGGCCAAUGGUCCUACAUCACCCAAGAGUAUGGAGUGGGAGUUAUAUCCUUAGGCAGCCUAUUGGAUGCUGUGACAAAAAGGUUCUCCACGGACGUUGAACUCGCAGAGCUGAGGCAGCUUCAGAAGGAGCAGGAUGAGAACGAUCAGGACAUCGCAGCUCAAGCUUUGGAGCAGGUCAUUGAAAGGACAGAGGCCAAUAUUGAGUGGGUGAAAGAAAACAAGCAGCUUGUUAAGGAUUGGUUCAUUGGCGAAAUGUAGGAUCUUUUAGUUUUUGUAGGCCUGCACAAUCACAGCAUACGUACGCAGUGGAGCCAAUACAAUCAAAAACAGAUGUAAAGGCGUUCCACAAUGAAAGCAACCCCCUCCUGUGGUUCUGAGAUGGGUUUGAACAAAAGAUGACUUUCACUGGAGAAUUAUUUGAGCUUUAGAAAAAAAGAACAAAGAAUGUGCAAUUUUGAAAUGGCUGCAUAACACAUUCCCUGUGCUAUGUGGAGUAGUUAAUGCCAAAUCUAUAUUGUAUACUUGAGAAAAGGCCAAGCAUAAAUGUUUAGCACAGCUUAAUUUAUUGCCUUUUCAAUGAUUUAGUUAAGAUGACUCAGUAUUGUUUACAGUGAUGAAAUCACACCUAAGCACAUUUAAAAAAGCACUGUUUGUCAUUAUUUGUAUUUGUGUAGUUUAAUGUAAUUAAAAUAAAAAAUUACAAAAGGUAGUAUUUUAAAAUUUU